AUGCGGGCACUGUCGAGAAGCUGGGGGAUCAACAUUGUUGUGAUACCAGCCGACUCAUCCCUGGAACCCGAAGCCUUCACUACAUCACAAGCCAAGCAUACAGCUGCCUUGUGGCUGGAGGACAAACAUGUUGACCUGUUGGUGCCUGAGACGGGUACUGCUUACCCAGCAGAGCUGCUUGCGGUACGCUCGGCAGCGUCACUAGGCUUUCGAGCCGGGGGCAAAUCCGUUGCAUCUGUCUGCUCCAAGCCGGCCACGGUUUGGUCUUUCGCACCUGCCCCUUCGUGGAAAGCUCGCAAGUGCACAAAGGCCCGGACUGAGUGGAGUUCACAGUCGUCACAGGCACCCGCCCAGGCUUUGUCUAAGCCUCCCACCGUGUGGUCCGCCAGCUCAAGUGUUCCUGGCAGUGUUGUCGCUGGGCCUCCCGAGCCGCAGUGCAUUGACGACCUAGAUGCAGUGUCUGCCAGUGUUGCGUGCAAGCCACCCACAGAGCGCCAAGUGCAUUACUGGGGGAGGGCAGGGCUUCAGCUUGAUCGCAGUCCAGUUGCCAUUUGCUCCUUGUGUCCGUUCCGGGCCGUUGCCAAGUGUGUGGCUACCCGUCAGGCCAAGCUAUAUGCUCACUACAAGACCCACCAUCCAGGGCAGAUCCCGUCAGGGGUCCCGCACGGGAAGCGCCAGCCAUCCAUCAUCCAGGCGAAGGCCGGCGACAACUGCCAUUGGAGGGUACCGUGGGCCAGAUUCAAGGCACUCGACCGCAAGAGCACCAUCGACAAAGCUGCUGUCACACGCCGUGGCCGUGAGAGUAUCAAACGCAUCGGUGCUGCCAGGGGAACGCCAUUGGAACACUUUCGGCUCUUUUGUUGGCCAAGGGCCACUCCUUCGAAGGUCUUUGCAGCCAGAGGUGGUCUCAGAUCAUCGUUUGGGUGGCUGUGUCUUGAGUGCAAAACACCAUUUCGACAGCAAAGUGAUGCGCUGUCCCAUGUAAAGCGUGGCCUCUGUGAUCGUGCCACGGCAAAGCGCAAAGCCAAGCGCCGAGUUGAGGCUGUUAAGACCCUCACCAAGGCCCAUGCCAAGCAAACUCCAGAGGGCCCGGCUGACAUCAAUGUUGCAUCAGCCCCGGGUUUCCUUCGUGCCUGGAAAGCCCGUGGCUUUUACGCCGCUUUGUCUGUUCCUGAGGACUCCGGCCUGAGUCGAGUUGCCCUGGUCAGCUCCCUGCCUUUUCGACCGUUCCGACUUGCAGAGGGUGUGGGAAACACCAGGUGCGCGGCAGGCAUUUUUGAAUUUCAAGGAACACCACAGCAUGCACAGAUCGCUUUUGUGUCCGUUUACGGACAAUCAGGACACCAGGCAGCCGCGUCUGCCCAAAUUUCGGACAUCCUGGCGGCAUGCACUGCGGGCCAAGGACCCUUCGUGGUCGCGGGCGACAUGAACCUCGAACCGGCAGAGGCCGUCCUGGGCGAAGCCCUUGCAGCAGGGGCCAUCCGGGCGCUGCCCUACCGCCCACGGGCCCAGGACGCAAGCGGCAAGCGCCGCAUAGAUCACGGAGUUUGCCACUGGUCACUGGCGGCCAGUGCCGUCUGGCACUUGGAGCCGUCGUUCUCAGAUCACCUGUCGGUGGUCUAUGAGCUACCUCUUGACACUCCCCAGUUUAUGACUAUGCCGCCCAGGAGCAAGGUUUGCGAUGCAUCUUCUGACGACCUUGAGCAGUGGCUCGGUGAGGCUGAUUUUGAUCCGUUCUGGUUAGCUUUAGCCACGGGGGAUGUUGAUAAGGGUUGGCAAGAGCUUUCCAAUGUGGCCGAGAACUGCCUGUGUCACACGCGAUCGGGCGAUCAUCCCCGGAGUCUGCCCUGGUCGCCUACUGCUGCGGAAGUGCACUCUUGUAAAAGGUUCGAGGGGUCUGCUUCGGUGCGUGUACUAUUGAAAUUGCAGCGGCAGCUCUCGAUGUUGACUAGUAAGCCGGACCAGGCCUUGAGGCGAAAAAUCCUUAAGUCCCUACCCCGUGCCCGAGCCAUCGUGCCUGACCUUCCGUGGACCCAUGAGUGGGAUCUUGAAAAACUCCUCGGGCCUGUCGGGGAGUUGCUUGGGACCUUUCAAGAGCAAGAAACUUCUGCAAUUCGGACUAGAUGGAAGGCAAUGCAGAGGGAAGACACUGCCCGCCAGCGUGCGUUUGUCAAAUCCAGGGCCGAUGCCCAGCUUGAGUUUGAAAAACGCUGCCCAAGCCAGGCGGAGGCACAAGCCGCUGGCCCUGUGCAUCCAUCCAAGGUAGUACGAGCUCAGGCCCAAGCUUGGCUUUGCAAGUGGGAGGCCAUUGCUGCUUCUUUUUCGAAUAAGGCUGCAGGGCCUGACUGCUGGCGUGCAAAGGACGUAGCACGACUGCCCAACCGGUGGUGGCACGCGGCCGCUCAACUGUGGCAGCAUGUGUGGGAUCGGGGCCAAGUGCCAAAGCUUUGGAGGUUCGCCAAGGUCACCUUGAUCCGCAAGCGAGGCGGGCCCAAAACCCGUCCCAUUACUCUCACUCAGGUAAUUUGGCGAGUUGGGACCAAGCACAUUGCACGUGCACUCCGUCCCUGGACCCUCAAAUGGGCUUCUUCCAGCGACCACGGUGGCCUUCCGGGCCGCUCCACUUCGGACGUCUUGUUUCAGCUCCAGGCUGCAAUCAAGCGGGGUGUCAACACUGCAGCAUUGAUGGACGUUGCUGGGUACUUUGAUUCCCUGAAUGUGCCGGCCAUAGGCAGAGUAUUCAAUCGAUUAGGUGCACCGCCCCAGUUGUUGCCACUCCUUGAGUCGUUUUAUUCUGAUGCCAAGCGGUAUUUUAACUUCGAGGGUUCGUAUGCCCCGGGUGUUCAUCAGGUUCGUUCGGGCUUUGGGCAAGGCUGCCCGCUAUCGCCAUUAGCGGCGGCAGCCUUAUCUCACUGCUGGAGUGAGUAUGUCAAAGCUUCUUCCACCAAUAUCGGUGCACAAAUUUUCAUGGACGACCGCACCCUCUGGAUUGAGCCCCGGGGCUCCCUUCAGGACCUUGAUGCCGCUCUGCUCGCAAGUGCAGACUUCGACCAGGCUUUCUCGUUACAGCUUGCGGAGGACAAAUGUUUUGUUGCAGCCAAGCAUCAUACGGAGGCCACUCGCCUCCUCGCUGACAAGUGGCACUUUCUGACUUGUGGAUCCCUUGAGCUUUUGGGGGUGUCCUUUGACUUUGGGGGAACUGGGGCUAUCCCGAAAUUGUCGCUUCGAAAAGCGGUUCUCAGAUUGCGCUUGCUUCGGUGGACGCAGGCUGCAACCACUUCCCGAAUCAUGCUUGUGCGGUCGCUUGUCAUGCCUUGUUUGGCAUGGGCGGCAGGGUUUGCCAAACCGAGUGCCAAGGAUGUCCAAGCCGUGCAGCACGAGGUUCGCUUCUUGUUUAGCUCGGGGUACGGUGGGGAUGUGGCCACGGUUGCCUUUUACGAGUUGCUAGGAUGGGGGUUAGAACCUUCUUUCGCCCUCGACCUGGGCCUGUGCCGACUGUUUUGGCGAUGGGUCUCUAAGCCGCCGGUAUGGCUGGAAGAAGUCCCGAUUGGACACUGCCCAGGGCGUUGGCAUGCGCAACUUCCUGAGACUGAGAGCCUGCUGGCUCGCACGGGCUGGUGGUUCUCUCGCGACGCCACUGCUUUGUGCAGAAGGGAUGCUGCUGGAGCCCUCAGAACUGUUCACAUCGGCUUUGAAAGUUUUCGCAUCGUCCAGGAUUGGCUUGAAGGGUUCUACCGUCAACAAUACCUCAGCCGUUGCCGAAGAGUGUCCCAGAGCAUGCACAGGGUACUUGAGGAUGGUGUCGCUCGUGGUCUCGAGCUGCCGGCACCUCCGCGGGGCUUUCGAAUCCGACUGCAAGGCCACAAACGAGUUCUCGCUGACAGAUCGUCGCUUUUCCAUCGUAGAGCGGCCUUUCUUUCAGGUGGCACCACGUGGCACUUCGAGAAAAGUGUGGGGCGUCGCCGUGACCAGCUGCACCUCCGGUGCCUGUGCGGGGCACUGCGACCGAGCCGUGCUCACUUGCUUUGGGUGUGCCCCUCCACUGCCGACCUCAGGAGUGGCCUCGAUGGCCCCAAGCACCGGGGCGAGGAGCGGUUAUUGGCCAAACACCUCGACGAGCCUCCGCUUCCACCGCCCGCUGUGGAUGCUGAGGGGCUGAUUGACGAAGCGGCUGAAGCCAUUCAGACCGAGCUGCAGGAGUCCACGUCCAUUGCGAUUGCGACCGAUGGUUCUGCAAAGGACGGCGUGGCGGCCCAUGCGGUCGUUGUGCAUCGAUGUGCCAAAGCGUUCGCUGGUGGCAACAGUUGUGAAGACCAGUCUUCGUUUCGAGCCGAGCUAUGCGCUCUACUCCUGGCCCUUAAAGCUGUGGUUGUGGCCGCUUCGCGUGGAGCCAGGGGGAGCAUCACGAUAGCUGUUGACUGUUCAGCGGCCCUUCAGGCUCGCUUUUCGUGUCCCUCUCUCCCAUUGUUUUCUGUUCAUUUCCAGCAGCUUUCUGCCGAGAUCCGCUGCUUUGGAAUUGAUCUUCAUUUCAUGUGGGUUCCGGCACACAAUCGCAAGGCGUCAUGGACCCCAACACACUCUUCUUUCAGCGCUGCCUUCUUGAGAUCCUUGAAUGAUGCCGCCGACCGUGCUGCCAAGGACUGUGUCGCUAGGCGGCUCAAAGGGUCUCUUAGAGAAAAAUGGGUGGCCGAGGCUACUCGUGUUAAAGUUUGGGAGGAGGCUGCGGUCAAAGCUUCGGCCAAGGCUGCAGAAAGGCUCCACUGCUUCCUUGAACGUCUUCCUCGAGCUGGAACUGACACUGUUUGCGACACCAGUCCUCCCCCGGGGGCUGGUCCUUAA